AUGAGAGGGAUGCCAGGCAGUUUAGCUGUGUGGCACCAAUGGAUGUUCGCGUUCACCUUUAUUUUCUCACUCACUAUUGUGCCAGCUUUCUCCGCGGGAAAGACCAUGAAAUAUCAAACGUUUGAAGAGGACGCUCCUGCUACAGUUAUCGGAAACCUCGCCAAGGACAUGUCCUUAAAUCCUUCACUGGGCUCCAAGACUAAUUUUAGGAUGAUGAAACAGUUCAAUGCUUCUUUUAUUAGACUGAGAGAGAGCGACGGACAGCUUACCAUCGGGGAAAGAAUUGACAGAGAAAGAAUCUGUAAGCACACUCCUCAGUGUCUUAUUGCUUUUGAUGUUGUCAGUUUCUCCAAAGAACAGUUCAAAUUAAUACAUGUGGAAGUGGAGGUGAAGGACAUCAAUGACAACUCUCCUGAGUUCCCAAGGAAGGAAUCUACCCUUGAAAUUUCCGAAAACACAGCAGUGGGCACCCGGAUCCCCCUCGAUGUGGCAGUGGAUGAGGAUGUGGGCACGAACUACAUUCAAAGCUACCAGAUUUCAGUCAACAGUCACUUUACUAUUGAUGUGCUGAGCAGAGCGGAUGGGGUUAAAUAUGCGGAGCUGGUGCUAAUGAAAGAACUGGACAGGGAGACACAAGCAUCCUAUGUGCUAGAGCUCGUCGCAACCGACGGAGGAAACCCGUCCAGGUCUGGAACCACAAAGAUACACGUCAAGGUGAAAGACUUCAAUGACAACAGUCCCAUUUUUGAUAGAAACAAUUUCUCGGUUGAGUUACCCGAGGACGCACCGGUUGGGUAUCUGCUGUUGGACUUAAACGCAGUUGAUCCGGACGAGGGUUUGAACGGGGAAGUUGUAUACGGCUUUGGAAAUCAGGUGCCAUCUGAGAUCCGGCAACUUUUCAAAGUGGACCGAAAAUCCGGGAGAUUGACGCUCGAGAGCCCGAUUGAUUUCGAGACCAAGACAACGUAUGAGUUUGAUGUCCAAGCGUCAGACCUGGGUCCUAAUCCGAAUCCUACCAUCUGUAAAAUCAUUGUUCAGGUGCAGGAUGUGAAUGACAACGCACCAGAAAUCAGUAUCACCCCAAUGACCUCUAUCACAGCGGGCAUCGCGUAUAUCACCGAGGCGGCUGCCAAGGACAGCUUCGUCGCACUAAUCAGCACCGCGGACAGGGACUCUGGCGCGAAUGGUCAAGUUCACUGUACCUUAUAUGGGCACGAUCAUUUCAAACUUCAACAGGCUUAUGAAGACAGCUAUAUGAUCGUGACAACAGCUCCGUUAGAUAGAGAAAAAAUUGCCGAGUACAACCUGACAGUAGUGGCCGAAGACCUGGGCUCUCCUCCGUUCAGAACAAUAACGCAAUACACUAUUAGGCUGAGCGAUGAGAAUGACAACGCCCCUGUAUUCAGUAAACCUGUCUAUGAAGUUGCGGUAGUGGAAAACAACGCGCCCGGGGCAUACAUAACCACAGUGGUGGCCAGAGACUUGGACUUGGGACACAAUGGAAAAGUCACUUACAAGCUUUCAGACACUUACAUCAUGGGCUCUCCGGUGUCAACCUAUGUUUCACUCGAUCCAGGUACUGGAUCUAUCUAUGCAUUAAGAAGUUUCAACUAUGAAAUCAUUAAACAACUCGAGCUGCGAAUUCAGGCGAACGAUGGGGGUUCACCUCAACUCCACAGCAGCGCAACCAUCAAUCUAAAAAUAGUUGAUCAGAAUGACAACGCACCGUCUAUUACACAGCCAGUCUUAAAUAAUGGGUCCGCAGAGAUUUUUUUACCGAAAGAUACCCCUUCGGGUUAUGUUAUAACCCAUAUAACCGCCCGGGAUGCUGACGAGGGCGUUAAUGCGGAGCUUUCUUAUAAAAUAGCCACAGGUGAAGUGUCCGUGUUCUCCAUAAACAGAGCCACAGGAGAGAUUUAUCUGAACCGCGCGCUAAAUUAUGACAUCGACGAGAGUUUGAGAAUCACAGUCACUGUCAGUGACAACGGGAGACCUUCUCUGACUUCAACAGCGACCAUUCGCUUUACCAUAAUUGCAGGAGCUCCCCCCAGUGACCACAGCAUAUUCAGACAAAGCAACGAAGAGGAACCCCACGAAUGGGACUUGUCUAUCGUUAUCAUUGUUGUACUGGCUGGGAGCUGCACCUUGCUAUUGUUGGCCAUUAUUCUGAUUGCGACUACUUGCAAUAAACGUAAGCUGGAAAAGCGAAGUGACGACUAUCACACAGAAAAAGAGGAAGCUUCCAGUUUGCAAGGAGGGAAAAAAAACAGCGACCCACUGAUUCCCAUCCACAACGAAAGCGUCUUUGAUGUCACACCAUAUUCUAAUAAGCCAAAUUUCACCGGUUCCCUCCAAACUGGCAGUGAUAUUUGCUCCAAUUCAGAGGACGGAACAGAAACUACAUGUGUUUAUGAGCCAGAAAACAAAACACACGGAGUAAAACUAGAGGGCUACUCCACUCUACCUGGGUAUGGCAAAGAAGGGGUGAGACCGAUUACAAUAUGGAAAGGCAACUCCUACACAACCAUCUCAGCACGAGACCCUCAAUUCAGCGGGAAGGACAGCGGGAAAGGAGACAGCGAUUUCAAUGACAGUGAUUCGGAUAUAAGCGGAGACGGCACGAAAAAAGACCAUCAAAACAAUGGUCUCUGGGCAUGCACGAGCGAAUGUAAGAUCCUCGGCCACUCUGAUCGGUGUUGGAGUCCUUCCGCUUCAAGAGCACAAAACAACUCUGCACAUGGUCAGUCUUUCUCCACCUUCGCCAAGACAGGUUCACUUCCAAGGGACACGCUUCGGAGAGAAAACUACUAUCAAGCUCACAUACCCAAAACAGUGGGUCUGCAGAGCGUUUACGAGAAAGUGUUGCACAGAGAAUAUGACUAUGUAUUAGUUCCUCCAGCUCAGCCGAUUAGGGUGCAGGAAAUAAAUGACAUUACAAUCCCUGUUUAUGCGCCGACAACAACUCGGUGUCCUACAAAUGAAGUCUAA